AUGACCAUCCGAGGCGCAACGACGCACGCUAACGAUUGGUAUUCGUUUAGCGACCAUGGAGUUGGAGGCAUAGUGGAAUCUAGGCAUGAUUUGAUUCGUCACAUGUAUUUGGCUAGAUUUACGCACAAGGUUCCCGGGCCCUCGGUUAUUGCAAAAAAGAGAGCUAGCAAUAACGACAAGGUAGAGCAGCUAUUUUUGCCCACUUUAUUGCUCUUCUCCACGCUCUCUUUGGCCGACGAGCACACGGACGCUGUCGGCUCGACUCCACAGUCGCCCGUGAUCCUUCAAAUUCCGGAGCUCGCGACCAUGUUGCUGUGUCGUCCGGGAAGGAGGCCCGUCGACGUUGCUCCGAAAAAAAGGCGCUUGCACUUGAGCGGGUUUCGACUACAGACUACGCCUGCUGAUCAGUGGUAUCCCUCGGUUGCUGAUGAUCCUCUCGGCCGUGUUACUGCAAGUAGCUUGGGGUGUGAAGCAGGCGGAGCGACUCCGACUAGGCGGAUAAGCAGCUGUGGGCUUGAUGGGACUUUGUUACGAAAGGAUGCAACUCUUUUUGCUUAUUCCCAGUCGGUUGCUACUGCAGGAUUCUCUUCCUUGGGCCUGGUGCAGUGCGGGUCCAGAGGACCUGUACUGGUGAAGGGUCUGCAUCUGCAUGUGGAGAGGGUGCGUCGAAUCACUAGCUCGCAGCGUAGUGGAUAUGCAGGAGUCGUAUCGGGCAUGGCCAACGUGUUGGGUCCUUCUGCCGGCCGUUACCGUGUGACAGUUCAUCGGCUCGUGGACCCUGCAAUGGAAGGUUACAACGCCUAUCGCAGUCGUGCCCCUCUCAACCUCGACCUUGUUCGUCAGGCCAACCAAGCACAUGCACGUGGAUACGUAUUGCUCCUCCAUUAUCACCUCGCCGUUCUGUUCAAGCACGCAGCGCACCAACAACAAAUCCGCCUGUCCGUGUCUCCUGCCAGCCGCCCUGACGCGCUCCGUACCUCCCGUUCCGCCUCGUCAAGACUCCACCAUGGCCGAUGA